UGAGGUCACAAUCUCAAGAUCUGGGAACAUCAGGCUUCAAAAGGAACAACCUUGUAGCACUGGACUCAGCUUCCCAUGUGUUCCCGAAGGACAAAACAGAGCAAGGAAUGAACUGAGCCUUCCCCCAGGCAGCACAGUGGCAGUGGGUGUCCAGGAGCCUCUGGGUGCUGGACAUCUCCAGGCUUCAUAUCCGUGGUGAGAGACAGGUGCCAGGCAACUUGCAAGCAGCCUCAGCUCACUCCUGAGAUGGUGGAUUAUUACAAAGUCCUUGAACUGCAAAGAAGCGCUUCCCAGGAUGACAUUAAGAAAUCCUACCACAGACUGGCACUAAAAUGGCAUCCUGACAAGAAUCUCGCCAACAAGGAAGAAGCCGAAAAAAAAUUCAAAGCUGUCACUGAGGCAUACAAAAUCUUGUCUGACCCUAAGAAACGAUCGGACUAUGACAGAUCUAUCAAGGAGACCCGAUCCCAUAUAGGGAGAAGUGCCAAGGGGGACCAUAACAACUGCUUUGACAUCGCUUACGUUUUCCGAGACCCCAAAGAUAUCUUUAAGGAAGCAUUUGGAGGGACGGAUCUCUUCAACAACAUCAGAAACAAUGGAAGAGGAAGCAGCUCCAGUUUGUUUUCUGGCUUGAUGCAGUCCUUCAUGCCAUUUACUUCAUUCAGUCACAAUGGGCAGACUUUCUACUCCUUCACUGAGGAAACAUCCAUGCCGUGCAGUUUCAGAUCAGUCUUAACCUCUACUGAAGUGAUCAAUGGCAAGAGGAUCACCACCAGGAAAAUCAAUGAAAACGGGCAGGAGAAGAUAGAAAUUGAAGAAGACGGCCGCCUGAGGUCUGUGUCAAUAAAUGGAAAAGAGCACCUGAAGCUGUAAUGUCCCCCAGCACACAUAUCACCUGCAAGCUGUGGGACAUGCUCUCACUGCUCAACAAGUGUGAGCACUGUGAGCAGUAUUAAUAAAAGCUGAGUUCAUGGCACAACUGAAGCCAGCUUC